AUGAAUACAAUUCACAAGACUGGCGAGGAAUUUCGCUUAGCUUGCCGCUCUGGCUCUUUCACUCAUCCGACAGCCGGCCAGGCUCCAACUUACCUCCAAGCAAACCUCAUCAUCCUCCCUAAAUGUUACGCUGACGACUUCCGACUCCUAUGUCACCGAAAUCCUGUUCCAUGCCCUCUCCUUGCCGAGUCAGAAAGCCCUGGGGAUUUUAAAAAGCUCAAGUCAUAUGUUCAUAGUCUUGACGGAAAGAGGGUAAUUCCAGUGGCAAAAGAGAUUGAUUUGCGACACGAUUUUCCCCGUUACAGAGUAUACAAAAACAGCAAACAUGUUGCUGUACAUUCCGUAUCCGAGCCAUUAAAUGUGUCUGACCAGUGGCUGAGUGACCAUGUUGGCUUCUUGGUCGGAUGCUCAUUCAGUUUCGAGCGGGCUCUGCAUGAAGCUGGUCUCACACCACAGCACAUCACACAUAACCGCAACGUGCCGAUUUACCGAACCACCAUCCCACUCUGUCCGGCGGGAGCAUUUACAGGGGCAACAUAUGUUGUAUCUAUGCGGCCGUAUAAAUCUUCAGACAUUGAGAAGGUUCGAGACAUCACCAGACCGUUUGUAACGACGCACGGAGAACCAAUGGCGUGGGGGUGGGAUGGAGCACAGAGGCUUGGUAUCAAGGAUAUCACGAAACCUGACUGGGGAGACGCGGCUCUUCAGCCAGAUGGAAAGACAGUGUUUGAGCGCGACGAUGGAGAGUACGUUCCUGUUUUUUGGGGCUGUGGCGUCACACCACAAGAAGCUGUCAUGAGGGCAAACCUGAAAGGUACAGUGAUGGGACAUGCGCCAGGUCAUAUGAUUGUGCUGGAUGUCCAGGAAGAUGAGAUUUUCCCCUUGUGA